AACUCUUUGACUUCCUCCUACUGGGAGCAGGACCAAAAGCUGCCUUCGUUUGCAGAGGUAGAGGCAAGCGUUGAAAGAGGAGCAGUUUACACCGCAAAGGGCUGGAGAACGGCAGGAAGGAAAAUCCAAAAGGAGCAAGAGGUGCCUGCUAUAAAAAUAGCCAUGUACCAGAGUUUGAGGUGUCUCUUUGGAUCAAGAUCACUUUGGCUGCAGUAUACGUCUGCAUGUUUGUGGUGGGCAUCCUGGGCAACAGCAUCACCAUCAAGGCCACCAGGAUCCUGCAGAAGAAAGGCUACCUACAGAAGGAGGUCACGGACCACAUGGUAAGCCUGGCCUGCUCUGAUCUACUGGUCAUCCUGCUGGGCAUGCCCAUGGAGUUCUUCAGUGCCAUCUGGAGCCCCUUUUCCACCCCCAAUGGCAACAUAGCUUGCAAGCUCUACUACUUCCUCUUUGAAGCCUGCAGUUAUGCCACUGUGCUGCAUGUGGCCACCCUCAGCUUUGAGAGGUACGUGGCUAUCUGCCACCCCUUCAAGUUCAAGGCAGUCUCUGGGCCCCGUACAGUGAAGCUGCUCAUUGCCUUUGUCUGGGGGACAUCUGUCAUAGUAGCUCUGCCUCUGCUCUUUGCCAUGGGCACGGAAUAUCCUUUGGAAAUUAUUGAGGGUUACUCAAGUAUGACUACCUGUGUCAAACCUACACCCAGGCACCACCUCCCUCUGCUGAAGCAAAAUAUGACCAUCUGUACCAGCCUCUCCUCCAAGUGGUCUGUCUUUCAGGCCAGCAUCUUCAGCGCCUUUGCAGUGUACAUCAUAGUGCUGGGAUCUGUUGCCUUCAUGUGCCACAGCAUGAUGAAAACCCUGAUGAUCUACAAGGAAGGAACUGUAGCAGUGAAGGGUGGACCAAGACGGCAGGAGCAGUACCUAAGAAAAAGUGAGAGCUCGGAGGGCAAGAGCUCCAGGAGACAGAUCACUUUAUUCCUGGGUAAGAGCCGCGUCCUCCCCUGCCUCUCCUCCCCUGCCUCUCCUCCCCUGCCCCCUUUCCACAUGGGAAGGAAACCCAGAGGUCUCCAUAGUAUCUUGCCAAGUUCCCCCAAAUGGGAGAUGUAUGAUUUGAAACUAGUGUGA